AGCAAAGGUACGCGUGCUAGUUCCGGUCCGGGCGGGCACGUUAUUGUUGCAUCAGCAUCCUCUCAUUUAACACAGUGGUCAUGUCGAGCUCAGGAGAGACAGCCUUUGAGUUUGGCUUCUUGCUGCAGAUAAAUGAGGAGGCUGCACUGACAGCAGCCCUGAACAACUACCUCUCCUCACGCAGCUACCUGGCUGGGUUUGGUCCCUCCCAGGCCGACCUGAAAGUCUUUAAGCUCCUCCCCCGGCCCCCCGAUCCGCAGCACCUUCACGCUCUGCGCUGGUACAGACACAUAGCUGCCCUGCAGCAGGACGACACCACAGAGAGCAGCAUGAAGGGGAAGCGGGUUCAGCCUGCUUGGGCUCCACCAGCAGGAUCCGAAGUUCCUCAGCUGAGACUCUACAACAGCCUGACCAGAGCAAAGGAGCUGUUUGUUCCUCAGACGGGGAACACAGUGACGUGGUACUGCUGCGGCCCGACCGUUUACGACGCCUCCCACAUGGGACACGCCAGGUCCUACAUUUCCUUUGACAUCCUGCGGAGGAUCCUAAGGGACUACUUCAAAUACGACGUCCUUUACUGCAUGAACAUCACAGAUAUCGAUGAUAAGAUCAUCAAAAGAGCUCGACAGAACCACCUUCUGCACCAGUACAAGGAGAAGAACCCGCCAGCUGGUCAGAUUCUCCAGGAUGUUCUGAGUGCCCAAAAGCCAUUUCAGGAGCAGCUGGCGUAUACCACAGACCCUGAUAAGAAGCAGAUGCUGGAGCGUCUGGACGCCGCCGUAACCACAGCGCUGCAGCCUCUGCAGGCGGCUGUGAAGAGCAAAGCAGCAGAUGAUGUGCUGCAACCUCUGGCUCAGGUGUUGUUGGAGAAUUCCAAGGAUUUGCUGUCCGACUGGCUGGACAAACAGUUUGGAAGUCAAGUCGCAGAGAAUUCCAUCUUCUCCGUCCUUCCAAAGUUUUGGGAGGGAGAGUUCCAUAAGGACAUGGAGGCCCUGAACGUUCUUCCUCCUGAUGUUCUGACUCGAGUCAGUGAGUACAUCCCUGAAAUAGUGGAGUUUGUGGACAAGAUCGUCUCAAAUGGCUACGGGUAUGAGUCCAACGGUUCGGUUUACUUUGACACCCAGAAGUUUGAUUCCAGUCCUCAGCACUCGUACGCGAAACUGGUCCCGGAGGCAGUCGGGGAUCAGAAAGCUCUGCAGGAGGGAGAAGGAGACCUGAGCAUCUCUGCAGACCGGCUGAAUGAGAAGAAAUCCCAGAACGAUUUUGCUCUGUGGAAAUCCUCGAAGCCCGGAGAGCCGUCGUGGGACUCUCCUUGGGGAAAAGGUCGACCCGGGUGGCACAUCGAGUGUUCCGCCAUGGCUGGUUCUAUCCUGGGGGAGUCGAUGGACAUCCACGGAGGAGGGUUUGAUCUGCGAUUCCCUCACCACGACAACGAGCUGGCUCAGUCUGAGGCUUACUUUGAGAAUAAUUUCUGGGUCCGGUACUUCCUGCACACGGGUCACCUGACCAUCGCCGGCUGCAAGAUGUCCAAGUCUCUGAAGAACUUCAUCACGAUUAAAGAUGCUCUGUCCAAAAACUCGGCUCGUCAGCUCCGUCUGGCCUUCCUGAUGCAUUCCUGGAAGGACACCCUGGACUAUUCCUCCAACACCAUGGACUCAGCCGUCCAGUACGAGAAGUUCAUGAACGAAUUUUUCCUCAACGUGAAAGACAUCCUGCGUGCUCCCACGGACCUUCCCGGGCGUUUUGAGAGAUGGGAGGCCGAUGAGCUGGAGCUGAACAGCAGUUUCUACGACAGGAAGUCUGCCAUCCACCAGGCGCUGUGUGACAACGUGGACACUCGCGCCGCCAUGGAGGAGAUGAGGGUUCUGGUCGGACAGAGCAACACGUACAUUGCUAGCAGGAAGAACGCCAAGCUGAGGCCCAACCGCCUGCUGCUGGAGAGCAUCGCCACAUACCUCACCAACAUGCUGAAGAUCUUUGGUGCAGUCGAAGGAUCGGAGUCCAUCGGUUUCCCAGUGGGAGGUCAAGGUCACGGUAUGGAUCUGGAGAGCACAGUGAUGCCAUACCUCGGCGUCCUGUCCAACUUCAGAGAGGAUGUCAGGAAGAUUGCCCGCGAGCAGAAAGUGACGGAGCUGCUGAAGCUCUGCGACGUCGUUCGAGAUGAUACGCUACCGGAGCUGGGGGUCCGACUGGAAGAUCACGAAGGUCAGCCCACCGUGGUUAAGCUGGUUGACAGAGACACGCUGCUGAGGGAGAGAGAGGAGAAGAAGAAGGUGGAAGAAGAGAAGAAGAGAAAGAAGGAAGAAGCUGCCAGGAAGAGACAAGAGCAAGAGACGGCCAAACUCAACAAGAUGAGGAUCGCUCCGUCUGACAUGUUUCGCUCUGAAACGGACAAAUAUUCCAGAUUCGAUGAGACGGGUUUCCCCACUCACGAUGCUGAUGGGAAGGAGAUCAGUAAAGGGCAAGCCAAGAAGCUGCGUAAGCUCUACGAGGCACAGGAGAAGCUGCACAACGAGUAUCUCCAGACCAACCAAAACAGGAACUGAGCGUGGUCCAGAUUAAAGCUGCUGCUGCUGGUGGUGCUGUGCUGUCUCCUGUUCAUCUGAUUUUGUUAUAAUCUGCUUUAUAAACAUGUUUUCUUAGAGAGGAGGGCAGAAACCACACAUAUAAAGGACUUCCUGUGUUUGAAGUUUUUCAGACUGACUUACAGCUUCAGCCAGAUCCAUUUCUGUUUCAUUUAACCAGGAAAGGAAGAUUACAGGAAAAUCUCAGGAAGGAUGAAUUAUCGAUAUCACUCAUUUGUUUUUUUGAUUGUAGAAAAAACAGAUCUCGAUCCAGGUUUGAUUUCUUUGUAUUUUGAUUAAAAAAAUGUUCUGAAUGUUCCUCAGAGUGGAAAUGGCCUUUAAACCAACAUUCGUCUGAAAGUUUUUUGGUACUAGAACUGGUACCAAGAUCAAAAUCAAGGCAAAGUUAAAAAAAAACCUCCUUCAGAAACUCCUGAUCUAGAACCGCUUUAGUUCAGAAAUGUCUUGCUGCUGGAAGGAAAAAUGGAGAGAAAAGAAGACCAGAGCAGGCGUUAUAGCCUGGAAGGUAAUUUUCAGAACAUUUGGAUCCAUUUAGUUUUAUUUUCAGCUUCAGUUGCUCCUCGACAGAAAUCACAACUUUUUUUUUAUAUUUUGUGAAAAUUUUCGACGCAAAUAUUUAAUUUUAACUUCCUUUUUUUUUUUGGCACUUUAUCAUUUAUAAAAUCACCUCCACUUGGAGCACUUUCACUCAACCCAAACUGAUAAAACUCAUCAACAUCAGUGACGGAUUCAUUUACAUCCAUUUUUCCUUUACUGGGUUUAUAUCCAACAGGCCGAUGCUGCCAACAACCAGCCACAGAUUAAACAGCUGCAGAUUUAAUUUGGCUGUGAAAUAUUUGAUGUUUCAGUGAGGAUUUUGAUAAAAGAAUAAAGCGACUCAGAAGUGUGAGCUUGUUGGACAAAUAUGAGCCAACGUGUUUUCUGAUCACAGCAAGAAAAGCGUUUUUUCAUUCACUCAUAUUUUGUAUUUUUGUACGGUUUUAUUGCUUCAUUGUGAUGCACCUGCAGAUUUCAUUCAGAAUAAAUGAUUUUAAUGAAA